GAAGUUCCAAGUGUGUGUAGCACCUAAACAAAAGAUGCCGCGUCGUAGAAGUCCGUUAGACCCAUGCAUUUUAAGGCAGACGGACAAUGCGCAUUACAAAUAUGGGACAAAUCCUCCUCAUUUAGAUUUGCCGCACAGAUCAACUGUCCAGGCUCUCGUGCAGACUAAAUGGCUGGACACACGAGCUCAGGGCAGGGACCGUGACCCGUGCGCAAUAGUUGAGGUCAGGCUUCCGGGAAUAAGUGGGUACAUCGACCAGGACGCAAGUGCCGUGGACAGGGCACAGAGAAGGCGACGCUUGGCUGCAAACGCCCGGGAGAGGAGAAGGAUGCUGGGGCUAAAUGUCGCGUUUGAUAGACUCAGGAGCGUCAUCCCCAACCUCGAGAGCGACAAGAAGUUGUCAAAAUCAGAAACGCUUCAGAUGGCGCAAAUAUACAUCUCUACGCUCAGCGAGCUCCUCCAGGACAGGGGUUGCGGCCCGGACAUCGACAGGCAGCGGCUAAGGGGGGCCACUGAACCAGUGCAGUCGGCCACAGGGCGAGCAGCGAGGGGCUUCACAUCCGGGGAUACUGCGGCUGGACCACCGGAGAAGUUUCUUGCUCUGGACACAUCAGAGCCGGUGCCAGACAGUAAAAUGAACAGAACUACAGAGAGCCUUGGGCGUUCGGAGUUAAAAAGUUUUAUCGACGUCUGGGAGAGACCGAACGGCACAAAAUAA